UUUGCAGUACCAGCCAGCAGCAACAGGUGAAAAUGUUUCAUAACACGUUCCAAAGUGGAUUGCUCUCUGUUCUCUACAGUAUUGGAAGUAAACCUCUGCAGAUUUGGGAUACACAGAUCAAAAAUGGACAUGUAAAACGAAUAACUGACGAAGAAAUUCAAUCUCUUGUUCUUGAAAUAAUGGGAAAUAAUAUCAGUACAGCAUUCAUCAGUUGCCCAGUUGAUCCAGAUAAAACCCUCGGAAUAAAACUUCCAUUUUUCGUGAUGGUCGUGAAAAAUAUGAAUAAAUAUUUCUCGUUUGAAGUUCAAAUUAUUGAUGAUAAGAAGAUCAAGAGAAGAUUCCGUGCGUCAAAUUAUCAAUCAGCGACAAGAGUUAAACCAUUUAUUUGUACAAUGCCAAUGAGAAUGGAUGAAGGAUGGAAUCAAAUUCAAUUUAAUCUCAGUGAUUUUGUGAAGCGUGCAUAUGGAACAAAUUACGUCGAGACUUUGAGAAUUCAAAUUCACGCAAACUGCCGUAUUCGUCGUGUCUACUUUGCCGAUCGUCUGUACACUGAAGAUGAAUUGCCAGCUGAAUUCAAGUUAUAUCUGCCGAUUCGUGGACAACUAUCAACACAAUCACCUGCAUUCGCAAUGACUUCUGAAUAAUUUUAAUUUUAUUAAGAUCUCUCUUUCUUUUUUCGAUUCUCCUGAUAUAUUAAUAUUCUCACAUAUUUCUUUUAUUUUACUUUUGUAACCAUGUGAUUUUCGUUUUCAGAAAAUAAAUAAAAUAUUUUUCGAAAA